AUGGAGGGAAGGGGCAUGGAGAUCCCCGGAUCGGAUCCUCGACAGUCCGUCAGCAAGGAGGAGGCCCUAGAGGCCUGCGCUGCCGAGCACUACAGGCUGGUCACUUGCUUCCGUCAGUGCUCCCUGUGGGAAUCCUUCGUCGGGUGCUGCGUGCCGGAGAACCAGGCCUUCUGGCAGUGCUACACCACCAAGCGAGGCAAAAACGAGGUCACAGGCCCAGUCCAGUGGCUGAACACCCAGUUCUCUGGCCCGGGGGCUAAAUCCAAAGGCGAGAAAGCUGAGUCCUAG